AGUAUUCAAUAUUUUAUGAUCCACCUCUCUCUUCCUCUAGUGUUUAUAAACAUGGUGAUAAUGCUAGCAAUUAGAGCUAAGAACUCACAAAAUAAUUAGCUUGAUUAAUUAUCAUCACCAUCAAAUUAAAUAAUAUUACAAUUAUUAAGAUGACAGGCACUGGUUCCCCUUGUGGUGCUUGCAAAUUUUUGAGAAGAAAAUGUAUUAAAGGAUGUGUAUUUGCUCCUUAUUUUUGCUAUGAACAAGGUGCUACACAUUUUUCAGCUAUUCAUAAGGUGUUUGGGGCUAGCAAUGUCUCUAAACUCUUAGCUCAUAUACCUGUGAGUGAUCGAGGAGAAGCCGCGGUCACCAUAGCUUAUGAAGCUCAAGCUAGACUUCAAGAUCCAAUUUAUGGUUGUGUUUCACAUAUAUUCGCUCUUCAACAACAGGUUUUUAAUUUACAAGCACAACUUGCUUCACUCAAGGAACAAGCUGCAGCUCAAAACAUACAAAAUGGUUCCAAUUAUAUUACAAACCCUAAUUAUGACAAAUUUCAAGAUGUUCAAAGUUGGUUUCAUCAUCAAUCUGAAAAUCAAAACACUAUGCCUCAAUUUGAUCAUUCUAGUUUGACAAGUAACAAUAAUAUUGGAUCAUCAAUCCCAUAUUAUGAUGAAAACAAUUACAACAACAACAUGACAUCAAAUGAUCAUAAUUACCAUAUGGGUAAUAAUUAUGAGAAUAUCAAUUUUGUGGUUCCAAUUAAGGAAAAUUUGUCAAGUUUUGAAGAAGGUGGAUCUUGCUCAGUAGAUUCUUCAUUUGACAACAACAAGCAGUGGACAUUUCAAGAUCAUGAUGUUGUUGAUGACCUUCAAUCAGUUGCCUUCAGAUAUCUUCAACAUUCUUGAGUACUACUACUACUACUACUAAGUUGAGAUGAUUAAUUACUCUUGUCAAUUUUGUAUUGCUAAAAAGAGCCUUUAUAUGACUUGACAUGAUAUAUUUGCUAGAAACCCUAGAAAAAAUGUUCAAAAAAAAAACAUCAUAAGCCUAUUAGCUAUGGUUCUGCCUACAAUUGUUUCUCCUUAGGUCAUGUGUAACCUUGGAUAUAUGUAGAAUAUUAUUAGUAUAUUUUAAUAAAAUUAAUGAUCUGUGUCUUUUAUUAA